GCGAGUGUGCAUAAGGUUUUGUGGAGAUUGUUUGGUAUGAGUGAGAUUUAACCAGGCUUUACGGUAAAGUUCGACCAAUAAUCGAAAUCAGUCAGAUCUUAUUAGAAGUGCUUCUUUGAAUUAAUUUCCAAAGUCGUUCGAGAGAUGAAACAUUGACAAACGGCUGGAUCCGUUGGAUUUAUAACCUAGUCUCCACCACAGCCACACUUUAAAAUAUGCUUAAAGCCACUUCUGAUUUGUUACUUGAUAUGGUUAUCGGCACGCACUUCAACCACACAUGUUAUCUGGCGGAAUGAUAUCCCAAUGAGUCUUCAAGUGGAGUCUCAGGAUAUAGGGAGUGAAUCUCGGGAUAUAGAGGAUGAGAUUCACGAACUGGAAAAGAAACUAGCAGCUGCAAAAGCCCGAUUAGGCGAUCGAACUUCAUCCUCUCCACCAUCUAAAAAUAGAGAUCCGAUUGCUAUCGAUAAUGUCCUCUCUCCCCAGUCCAACCAUUUCCUUCUCCUCCUCUCCGAUUCUGCCCUCCCACUCGGUUCAUUCGCCUUCAGUAGUGGUCUAGAAUCCUACCUCGCGCACACAAAGCCCAGAUCGUCAUUCCCGGAUUUCUUGGCCUUCUCACUGUCUUCCUAUGCAUCUACCACUCUCCCAUUCGUACUCGCUGCGCAUCGAAACCCAAGAGAUUUGGUUGAUCUAGAUGAUGCUCAAGAUGCAUCGAUCAUGUGCACCGUAGGAAGACGUGCUUCGAUUGCGCAGGGAAGAGCUUUGUUGUCUAUCUGGGAUCGAUCAUUUUCCUCUGCUUUGUCUACAGGGUUGACUACUUCCGCUCCGGUCGAUGGGGUUGAUACAUUGAAGGAAUUCUCCAUGCUGUUGAAAUCUAUAUCUUCCGCACCUAAAACUACAUCUGGAGAAAUACCGCCCGUAUCAGCUCAUCUUGCUCCUUUGUUUGGCGCCAUUACAUCGACUGUAGGAAUGAGUCUAGAACAAACAGCUUAUGUAUUUAUGUUAAGUCAUGUGAAAGCAUUGCUUUCGGCUGCGGUGAGAGCCAGUAUGUUUGGACCCUACCAUGCUCAGAAGGUUUUGGCGAGUGGAGAAGUGCAAAUAGGAAUCAAAGAAGCUAUUGAGAGGGAAUGGAAUACCAAGGUUGAAGAUGCGGGUCAAAGUGUACCGGUUAUGGAUCUAUGGAUUGGAAGGCAUGAAAUGUUGUAUUCGAGAAUUUUCAAUAGCUGAUGGUUGUAUAAUUACAUUAUGAGAUACGAGUAUA